UAUCAAAAUUUAAAACGGAUUUUCGUAAGUAUAAAUGGACCAGGGGAUCGUUUAUUCAGCAUAUCAGUUUCUUCUGGAGAAACAUCAGGUCCUCCAACAGCAAACGGUUUGAAAAGGAAAAAAAUGAAGCUUUGUACAUUUUUACUUUUGUGCAUUGGCGCCUUCGUGGUGGCCACCUAUGCUGAGGAAUCAGUACAGGAAUCAGUACAGGAAUCAUCUGAAGAAUUAACAUCAAAUGAACUUGAUUCUGAGUCUGACGAAAGUGAACUCGACGCCGAAUUCGAAUCAGAAGAAGAUGAAUCUGAUUUUGAUCUCGAAUUAGACGAAUUUGCCAGAAGAUGCCGUAGACGUGGACAAAGAUGCGAUAGGCGAAACCGUUGCUGCCGUGGACUGAGGUGCAAUCGUCGUUCAAGGACGUGCGCAAGACGAGGAGGUGGAGGUUCAGGUGGGAGUUGCCGAAGACAAGGACAAAGCUGCAAUCGCCAAUCGCGUUGUUGCCGUGGAUUGACCUGCAACCGUCAACAAAAAUGCGAACGUCGCCAACAACAACGUUGCCGUCGUGAAAAUGAAAGUUGCGGAAAUAACAGAAGCUGCUGCAGAGGACUGUUGUGCAACAAAAAAGACAGACGUUGCCGUCGUAGGAACGAAAUGCUUCCAGAAGAAUAUAUGGACGAUGUUGUCAGUGCCGAGGAACAAAUGGAAGAAACUGAAAACUAAUUUGGAAAAAUAAUCGACAA